CCACCUCAAAAGUGAAAAUUCCGACAUGGGUCAAACGACCAGUCAUCUGAUAAAGGCAGCGCAUUUUGUCAUGUGCUAUGCUAAAAACCCCAAAAAAAUAUUAAACACGUGACCAACAACGUCACAAUGGCGUACCUACGUUGCACGUCGUGAGGUGACGUAAUCGCCUGACCCAUUUGACGUUGGAGGCGCUGCAGCCGCGUCAAUCAGCGACAACGAGACAUUAACGGAAUUAAAAAUAAACACCGCACAGUCUCCAACGAACGUUCCAGAAGGACAAAAGAGGAGAAACAGACGCUUGUUCCUGAACUCUCCGCCACAAAAUGUCCCAGGACAAGAGUGGCUACCCCAUUAUGGGGGAGUCCAACCCACUCCACAACAACAUCUACGGACCCCCGCAGCAGCAGGGCUUUGGCGUGCUGCCGCCCAACUACGGCCAAGGCCCCGGAGGCCCGUACCCACCAGCCGCCGGCUACGGCCACGCCGGCUGCUGCGGGGACUUCCGCCGCAAGCACCCCUGGAAUCUGGUGGCACUGUCCAUUCUGACCCUGAGCCUGUCCUAUAUGGUGGGCAUGAUCGCCAGCUUCUAUGACACCGACACCGUCAUCAUGGCCGUGGGGAUCACCGCUGUGGUUUGCUUCACCGUGGUCCUCUUCUCACUACAGAGCAAGUACGACUUCACUUCCUGUCGAGGCGUGCUGUUCGUGUGCGUCAUCGUCCUCUUCCUCUUCAGCAUCCUCUGCAUGUUUAUCCGCCACAAGAUCCUGCACCUCGUCUACGCCUCGCUGGGUGCCCUCUUGUUCACUUGUUUCUUGGCUGUGGACACCCAGCUUCUCCUGGGCAACAAGAAGCUGUCUCUGAGUCCCGAGGAGUACAUCUUCGCCGCCCUCAACCUCUACACGGACAUCAUCAACAUUUUCCUCUACAUCCUGGCUAUUGUGGGACGCUCCCGCGAUUGAGCAAAAAAAGGAGAAUAUGGGCCUGGGGUGAGGGCAGGAAGCCUUCAUUUUUUUGUUGUCUCUUUUUCCCCCUCCCAUCCUUCAUUCUGCUGUUUAAUUUAUUGAACGUUUUUCGCCAGUAUCGCCCAAGUGGCCCCUCACACUUUUAACACUCUCCGCACCGCCACUAACACAAAACGGUCGUCCGCCGGCGACAUCGCCCCACCUUUCGAUGUCAGUUUUGGCUCAGCACAAGACGCAUCUUUUAUGUGCGUGUUUGUCUCGGACAACUGGAAAUAUCUCCUCCUAUUGUAACUGCAUGGCAACGGCGCAAAAACACCCUACGCCCGUUUCUAUAGGUACAAGUGAAUCGCUCUUGCUUAUUAGUUCGGCUGUAAAUAGUUACGUAUACCGCUAUAUGAGAAUGCCACGCUACGCUCAUUUGGGGAUGUGUUGCUUUUAGGCAGAGGUGUCCAAAACUGAAGGAAUGCAUGGGGCAUUUUGAUAUUUUUCUUGCCUUUUGUUUAUUGAAGUUGCUAAAACCAAUCAAAUGUGGAAACAAACAAUGUGUCCUAAUAGGAUCUGAACAUGCAGUACCCCCCCCCCCCCAAAAAAAAUUCUGCUUCGGUUCAUACCUUGAUGGCAAACUCACGGUUUGUUACAGGAAGGGAAAUUGCAACUAAAAUGGGAAACACUCCAAUAAAUGAAGGUGUAUCAAAGACAAUCAUUUAUACUUUACCGUAAAAUACAAAUAUAAAAUAUUGAAUAAUUUAUCAAUUCAUCACAUCUUACUUUUUUUUUUUUCAUUUUUAGGAAAGUGCAACAUCAAUAGCUUUUCUCCUGUGAUAAAAUCAACGACACAGAAAAGUGCAACAGCUACUGCUUAACUGCAUUACUAAGCCGUAACAACGCAGCGUCCUUUCAAAUGAGUUAACAAGUUUGAUGUACCGUUCAAAAAGCAUGUCGCUUGCCAGACGCUAAGCUGGAAAAAUCGACACCGCGAGCCAGGACUGGAGUUUUUGAAAUGUUUUCAUCAUUUUCCCCAUAAAAUUCACCAAUUUGGUAAGGCUGCUGCUUUGUAUGUUCCGGUUGUGUUUAUCAGUUUUAUUUUCACCUUUUAUUGCUGGCCUUUAACGAAUAAAAAGUCAAAAUGCCCCCCCUCAAGCCAGACUUAGGACACCCAUAUUGUGGCCGUUCCAGCGUGGUAGCUCAACAUUUAAAAUAUGUCAGAAUGAUGUACAACAAGCAGGCCUUUUUCAUACUUAUUUUUUCCCCUUUCUCUUCCUGAUUGGUCGUUGUUGUGGAGUGAACGUUUUUCUUUUCGGUGUUGUAUUUUCCAUGGUCCCAUUAAUAUGAAGUAUUGGUAAUGCUGCUCCACAUUUUUUGAGGGGGGUGGGGGGGUUUGACCACAAAGUAGCUGAACACUGGAUUUACACAUGCAACAGAGAUAAAUGCAUGACAACUUAUUUAUUGAGCUUCAUGUAGAUGACAGUUGAGUUACUAACUCUGAACUGGAAAUGUAUCAACACUGGUUACGAAGUGACACUGAAGGUACUACUGCAGUCUCCCGCAGUGUUUUUAAUUAUUUAAAAAUUACUGUAAUUUUAUUUGUCAUCCCAUGCAUGCCCUGUCGCAUGUGCAUUGUCAGCACAUCGUGCAGUUUGUAUUUGGGAAGGUUUGUUGUUUGGCAAAGAUGUUUGUAUCUAACGCAACAUGUAGAUGAACAUAGAAGUGUUUUGGUGUGUAUAGGCCAGGUACUCGUUUGCAUUCAAUUUGAGUGGAAAUGCAUUCCUACUCACGCUGUCGGCUUUACAUUAAAACAUACCAUGUGGAACGUG